GUUGCUGUUGCUUGAGCCAUGGCGCGCACGAAGCAGACGGCGCGGAAGUCGACGGGCGGGAAGGCGCCGCGCAAGCAGCUGGCCACCAAGGCGGCCCGCAAGAGCGCGCCGGCCACGGGCGGCGUGAAGAAGCCGCACCGCUACCGGCCCGGCACGGUGGCGCUGCGCGAGAUCCGGCGCUACCAGAAGUCCACGGAGCUGCUGAUCCGCAAGCUGCCCUUCCAGCGCCUGGUGCGCGAGAUCGCGCAGGACUUCAAGACGGACCUGCGCUUCCAGAGCUCGGCCGUCAUGGCGCUGCAGGAGGCGAGCGAGGCCUACCUGGUGGGGCUCUUCGAGGACACCAACCUGUGCGCCAUCCACGCCAAGCGUGUCACCAUCAUGCCCAAGGACAUCCAGCUGGCCCGCCGCAUCCGCGGUGAGCGUGCAUAAAAGUAUUAAGAACAGCACUUGUGAUCUAAAACACAUUCUCCAACAAUUAAAAGGCUCUUUUAAGAGCCACUCCAUGUACAAUAAAAGGAGCUGUUACACU